UGCUCCCCUCCACCCUGCCCCAUGCCUGGAGUAGCCCUCACCCUCGGGACAUUCAUUGCCUGACAAAAUCAGACCCCUGGGUUCUGUCCUGGCCUGGGGACUGAGUGGGGGCUAGUGGGUUAGCGCAGGGGGGCUGGGAGCCAGGACUCCUGGGUUCCAUCCCGCCUCUGGGAGGGGAGUGGGGGCAGGAGUCCCUUGCCCUGCUCUCUCUCUGUGUGACUUUCCCUUCCCCACCGCGCAGGCCCAGCAGGAGAUGUAGAAGAUGGCGCUGCUGUGCGAGCGGGCGGUCAGCAUGCACAAAGCCACUUGUGAGAAGGUCUUCGUGGUGGAGCAGGCCGUCAUGGCCGACAAGAACCGGCUGGACCCCACCUGGCAGGAGACGCUCAACCACGCCACCUGCAAGGGGCACCAGAACGAGAUCUGCUCCGACAGUGGAGAAGCGAGUGGCGAUCACACGCAGGACACUUCCAAUCCCGGAUUGCUAUCGGUUGGUGGGAAAUCAUUUGGGAGCUGGAAAAUCCACAGUGCGGGCUCCUGUCAUGCAAGUGUGCAGGGCCAUUAACUGUCUUCUGCUGUGCAGGACGGUGACUCUCGGCAAUGCGCAGGGACAGAGUGGAUGGAUCUGCAGCACUGGGGUUCUCGAACUGCAGGGAGGUGACAGAUGGCAGACACAUCCCUGUUUUGUCCCCCGCCCAUCGUGCCGCAGGUUACAGCUACAGAAAGGGCAAUUUUCUUUGGUUACGUAAGUGCGGGGGAAUCACUGGGCUGCUUCAGUGCUCUGUUGCGGACUGGUCAGGGAACGUGCAUGACACUCACAUCUUUAACAACACAGGAUGGUUCAGGAAGCUACAAGCAGGGACUUUCUUUCCCAGCUGGCAGAUUACCAUUGGUAGUGUUGAAAUGCCAGUAGUGAUCCAGGGGGACCCAGCCUACUCCUGGUUCCCCUGGCUCAUGAAGCUGUACACGGGACACCUCGACAGCGCCAAGGAGAGAUUAAACUACCGGCUCAGCGGGUGCAAGGUGAGAGACUUUGUGUGGGACACUGGGAGUUUUUACUCACUAGGGCAGAUCUCAGUGAGAAAAACAUCCCAUUGGUUACAGCUGCCUGUUGUGCCCUGCAUGGUGUCUGUGAGGCCAGGGGGU